CUCUCUAUUUCUGAAGUUUCGAUUACAACUCGCGGCUUAAAGGUCGUUAUCAAUGAGUCAGACGACUGAUAUUUUACCUUCUACCAGCCCUCGUCUACAAACGUUCAUUCCGCGAAAUGGCAUUUCACUCGUCUUCUCCUCCUCCGGAAAACGAGAAAAGUCUGCCGACUGAGAUGAAGGCCUUGGUUGUUACAAUCUUCGUUACCAUCACAAUUGUCUCAAUCUUUGGCAAUACGAUGGUGAUCAGGGCGUUUUAUAAAUUUUCAAACUUGCGAAAUGCAGCUAAUGUUAUAGUGGUGAGUUUGUCAGUGGCUGGCAUUUCAAUGUCGGUGCCCUUCGUAUUAAACAUUGCUACCAUUUUGGUCGGUAAGAAGGUACCUCCUCACCAACUGUGUGCUCCAGCAUCGAUAAUCAACCUUACUCUUAUCGGCAUCGUCAUUCUACACUUGACUUUAAUCAGCGUUGAACGUUUCAUCGCCGUUAAGUUCGCUAUGACAUAUCACACAAUAGUGACAAACCGCCGAACAGUGAUUGCUUCCACGGUGGCUUGGCUAUGGGGAGUUUGUGCCGUAAAUGCCUUUCCCGAGGCAUUCAAGGCGACUGAUAAAGUGUUUGGAGGUUACCACGCUGGCUUGACACCGUGCUCACGUCAAUUCUCUCGUUCUCGCAUUGAGAACUCUGUUAAGACGUACCUGUUUUUUCUGGUGACAUCAACGUUACUCGUGCCCAUUAUGAUUAUCAUUGCAUCAUACAGUUACAUAUUCAAAAUCGCUUGGAAACAGCGACGACAGAUCAAUGAAGAGAUCCAUGGAAAGCUGACCAGAAGAUCACACGAAAUGAAAGGUGCUUAUACAGUGGCCAUUAUUGUGGGGACAUGUCUCGUCAGUUUCAUUCCGCUGGUUGUUGUCUUGUGCCUCAAAUUCCUGAGUUCAACAUCGAUUGGAAAGGAACACAUGUACCCAGUGUAAUUAGUGGCCAGUUUGAAUGCUUGUUGGAAUCCCAUGAUCUACUGCUGGAGAAACGAAAACUUUAGAAAUAGUUUUAAAAGGCUUUUAAAGUGCAAACCAGAUGAUUGAAGAGAAAUUAGACCGGAGAGAAAAAAAAAACAACGGAACAUUUCACAUUAGAAAGUUCCUUUUCGUUCUUACUGUCCGCUGGGCUUUACCAGGCUCUCGUCCGUAUAAGUUAAAAUAUCUGUCGGACUUGUCUUUAUAUACGCUGCUUGUGAGCCCAGUUUUUUUCCUAUUACAAGUAAUAAGAGUAUACGAUCAAAUGCAAGUUGUUACCAGUUUUAUUCCCCUUUCAAGAAGGAUCGAACUGUAACGAGGUAAAAGUACCCCCGUAAAACUAUCUAGGAAAUAAUAAUAAUACAUAGAGAACAUUACCAAUAUUAUUAUAAGGAGAGGUGUUCAUUAUGUAGUAAAAAAUGGUGUAUGGGAGUAAAUGUAGUGUGAAAGUGAUCAGGCCUGGUGUUAUGGCAAGCACUUUUGUUGGGGAGGGGGGGGGGGGGUCAUGUAGGGUUCCUGACAUAGUUAGAACAUAAAAAAAAAUGGUAAAUAUCCUCAGAAAGGUUCUUGGAGUAUGAUUGCAGGGAAGUAGAACAGGAAAUCCAGCUGAAAAGUACACAUUAGCAGAAAAAGAAGUAUUUCCUUAAUGAUGAUUAAUAACACUGAUAAUAAUAACAAAAAAGAUGAUAAUUUUUAAACUAAUGAUGGCGAGGAAGAACGAGGCCACAACCAUAGUCCAGAAAUUGGUUUUGUAUUAGGCACAACCGGCAGAGAUCGUCAAGCCGGUCCUUGGUCCUUUGCAACUGGAAUAUUAAUUUAUAUUAAUUUUAAUACUUAAGACAAGCAUAGAUACAAUGAUCAUGAGAUAAUGUUUAUAUAAGACUAGUAAGAACGAAAAUUAUAACAAUUUCAAUA